UAAAAUCUUAUCAAGAUCAUAUAUUUGAUAAGCACUAACGGGCCUCGGGAGAUGGUUAUUGGGCUUCUGAAGUUAUCAAGUCAAUAAACCUUUUAUUAGUCUAUUUAAGUCUUCUGUAUUGUACCAAAAACACUUAUCGAAUUACGAUCACAAAUUAUCAAGAGGAUUCCUCCUCAAGCUUUCUUUCUCCCUCUUUCUCUUCUCAUCUUAACUCUUCCUCUGAUCUUCUCCCCUUUCUGUUACAAAUCACGAUGAACCCUGAUCCGGGUUUAUCAAUGGUAUCAGAGCACAGUCAUCCUCUUGACAGUGCGUUUCCGGAUUCAACAUCGAACUCCGAAUGGAGGGAUGAGAUGAUGGCUCUAUUGAUCAAAUGGAGAGCUGAAGAUAAAGAGCGAUUCAUGAAAUGGAGAGCUGAAGAUCAGGAGCGCCAGCUUAAAUAUGAUAAUCUGCGCCAGACAUUACCGCAGAUGACGAUGAAGACUGAUCUCGAUCCGGUGGAGAAGACUCACAAACCAUCGGGGAAUUUCGUCGAGCAGAUGAUGUGCGACCCUCCAGACAAAGCACUUGACGGAGAUCGAUUUGGGUUCGCGGAUGGUGAUUCUCAAGUUCAUAACACAUUUAUCCCUAAAAGGUAUGAAGAUCUAAAACGCUAUGGAGGUAUCAGGUUCAGAAGGAUUCCGAUCAAGCUAAUCUACCACAAGGCUAGGUUUAAGAAACGGAAAAGACGGCUAAUAAGGGGGAAACGCGAGCUUUCGGUUUCACAAAAACUGAAGAUAUCAACAAACUCUUUGCGUUUGGUUGUGAAGAGUGUGAGAACGAAGAAACAGUACCACCGGAAGAAGAGAGCCACACAGAUUAAACUCGCAGAAGCUUGUAAGAGUUUAGGAAUGUUCUGUGAAUCUUCAGGUUAUAGGGAUACUAAAAGGCAUUUUCAGAUCCGUCUGGGAACAAGAAAGAUCUGGGAGACAGGAGUGAAGCGAGAGACUCAUCCCUUUGUGUAUGGGUUUACUUCUCAUACUCCUAUGGAUAUUGAUGGUCAUGUUGAUACGUGGAUAGGAGAUCAAAGUAUCUUUGCUGAGGAGCUUAAGGCGCUAGAUCAUGAUGAUAAUGAUGCUGUGAUGGAGUCUUUGCAAUAUGAAACGUCAGUGGUGUCUGAAUUCAAGGAAAUGGCCAAGUGUAAGCGCCAUAAAGUUCAACAAAAGUGGGGAAAACGAGGGUUUCAUAAGGUUCGGUUCAAGGUUAUACUUCACCAAAGAAAUAAAGUUGCAGCUGAGAAAGUUACAAAAGGUGGAGAACCUUUCAAGCUGGGAAAUUCAGAAUCGCUUCACACAAGAAGAUCCAAAUACACAAGAAGGCUCUUUGUCAAAUGGUGCUACUUUAAGGCCAGGAAGCGUAAACAGUAUAAAAUGGGUUUUAUUGCUCAGAUUGAGCAUGUGCUGCCUGACAGUAGUCAUGAGAAUCAAACUAGAGGGCAGGGAAGGAAAAUUUACCCUGGUGGUUUUCAGUUUCCACAAUGGCCACAAUUUAUCAAGAGUUGCAGUAAGAUUUACCAUGUUUCUGGUAGUGCUAAUCUACAAACCGAAGAAACAGGGGAAUCUCACAAAAGUAUCCAGUUCGAGUUGUCUCUUUUCAAUGGUAAAAUAAAAGGUAAACCCCCAGAAGGUGAUUCAGAAAACAGAAGAGAAGCAUUAGAGUAUAAAGUCUCUGUUAGUGAAAAUGGUGGGUCUAACUUGGAGUUGAUUGGUGGAAAUGGGACUGACAAUUUCAGCUUCUCUAUAUAUGUGAAGCAACAGACCGGGAGGCUUGUGAAGACUUUUUGUGGGAGACAACUUUUGGAAUUUUGUUUGGCUGUUCAAGUAUGGGAACCUGGUGGGAAGUCAGAUAAAGAUGUUCAACUUGUCGAUGUUCAUUAUCAGUUCAUCAAUGGAAGAGAAUGGGAUUUUUUGGAGAGUGUUGAGGAAUUGAGUAAGGUGGAACCAAGACCACCAGAAAUGAUUAAGCCCAAAAAUUUGGUUUCUCUCCUUGAUACUGGUGCGUUAGUGACGGAACUGAUCGAGGAUUGCAACACUGAUGCGCUCAUGGUAACGGCUUCUAUCGUUCAUCAACUUGAGGACAAGUUGGUUCUCCACCGGGGGAGUAUUGAUAAGAGGGCAGAGUUAGAAAAGAGCAAGGUUGAGCAACUGAGAGAAGUAGAAGAAUGGCUUGCGCAUGCAUUGCAGGCUGUAGGGCAGGAAAUGCAGAGAAGGGUUUAUAAGAACCGGUUAAGGCUGAGAAGGGUUCUUGCUCAGGUAGGAGAACUUGAAAAUCUGAGUUUGGUAGAAGCAUGUGAAGGGACUUAUGCAGGGAUUUCCUAUACGGGUGCGGCUGUUGGAGAUGUAUGGGAUAUCAUAGCUCAUAUCAAGAAGUUCUUGGAGAUUGAGAAUGGGUUUGGAGUUGAGAUUAAUAUGGGGUCGUGGAACUUUGUUACAAAAGGAGCAACGUGGUGUUCAGUGACAAGGUUUUGGUUCAAGAUAUCAGGCUGCUACUAUAUAUUCAAAGUUGAGAACCAUUCAAUUUCAGUCUCUACGUAUGAAGCGUUUCAGUCACCAAGACCACCGGAGCUGAUUCUGUUCAUAGUGAGAUUUAGGCAGUGGAAGUCAAAGAAGCUAGAAUCCGGGGUAGUAGAGAACAAAACUCGAGCUAUGUUGAGUUCAAACGACAGGACUUGGUCACAAGUGUAUGGUGCUUUUCCCGGCAUCAUAUUUUGGAGGACUUGGUGCAGGAAGCUUAUUGAAGAUCAGUCAAGGGUGGGCAUUCUCAUAGCUGAAAUGGCAUCACUUACCAAAGUUGCUGGAGCUGUCUUGCAAGGACUGAGUUUAUGGAUUCUAGCCGAAGAGCAGGUGCAAGGUGGAGGAAUUGAGGAGGAGAUAUUGAGGAUACUCAACAGGGUUACUGCUCUCCUUCUAGAGAUUGCUUAUGCCAACUUGAGGACAAGUCGGAUCUCUAACGGGGGAGUAUUGAUAAGCACUAACGGGCCUCGGGAGAUGGUUAUUGGGCUUCUGAAGUUAUCAAGUCAAUAAACCUUUUAUUAGUCUAUUUAAGUCUUCUGUAUUGUACCAAAAACACUUAUCGAAUUACGAUCACAAAUUAUCAAGAGGAUUCCUCCUCAAGCUUUCUUUCUCCCU